GACAGUGAUAGCCUCACCUCAGUGAACAUGUGGCCGUUGCUGCGCUGAUUGCCGAAAACCCUAACGAAAACCCUUUCCCUCUGAGCAAUUUCGAAACGGCCACCAAUAUUAUAGCCAUGAGGAGAAACCUUCUGCUUUCUCUGAUUCAAAAACGUUGCUUGCAAACAUCUUCAUCGUCAUUUACUGUUCAAUUCCUUGUCAACUCUUGUGGGCUUCCUCUACAAUCUGCCCUCUCAGUUUCCAAAAAGUUCCAAAUCGAUGAAAAUAACCUCCAUAAGCCCCAAUCUGUCAUCCAAUUCUUGAAAUCUAACGACUUUAAGGAUACCCACAUCGCCAAAACGAUCGAGAAGUGGCCUGCUGUCCUCCAUUCCAGAACAGAAGAUACUCUCAAGCCUAAGUUUGACUUCUUCAUAAAAAAUGGCUUUGCGGGUCAGCUUCUGCCCCAGCUUAUUGUAUCGAACCCGGACGUUUUGAGAAGGCAUCUGGGUUCUCAUAUUAAGCCAUUUUUUGAGUUUUUGAAGCCUUUUUAUGCCAGUAACGAGGAAGUGGUAGAAGCUAUUAUGCGUGCCCCAUGGUUGUUGUCGAUUCCUUUAAAUGGUGAUAUGCAGUUAAAUACCGAUUUCCUGAUAAAAGAGGGAGUGUCCAUCGAUAGAAUAGCAAAACUGAUGCAAUGGCAACCAAGGGUUAUGGGGCAGAAGCAUGAUAAGAUGGUUUAUGCAGUGGCUGCUACUAAAAAAUUGGGCGUCCAACCAGGGGAUAGUAUGUUUGUACGUGUUCUUGCUGUGCUGGUUAUAGUUUCUGAAUCAACCUGGAGGAAGAGAAUUGAGGUGAUGAAAAGUAUGGGUUGGAGUGAAGGUGAGGUUUUGUGUGCCUUUAAGCGAUUCCCCCCGCUAUUGACUUGUUCAGAGGAGAAAAUCAGGGGCGCAAUGGAUUUUUUCUUUAAUACCAUGGAAUUGGGACGGCAAUCUUUAAUUACCUAUCCCUAUUUUAUUGGUUUCUCAAUUGAUAAAAGGGUUCGUCCAAGGUACAAUGUUAUGAAGGUUUUGGAGUCGAGAAAGCUAAUUGAAGGAGAUUGGAAUAUUGCUACUCCGCUAACAAUCAGCGAGAAGAAGUUCCUGCUAAAUUAUGUUACCAAAUAUGCGGACAAAGCUCCAGAUUUAUUGCAGAUAUAUGGCGGUACUGACAAGUCAAAAAGAACUCACUCUUUAUGACAAAAAACCCUAUCAUUUGAUUUUGGCUUUUGCUGGAGUUCGACCUAUUGUUUCAACGCACUACACUUAUAUGGGAACAUAGAAAACAACCACUGCAUUGUAAAGAUUGAUAACAUGAUUCUGUCAAGGUACCAUCUUAUGAAGGUUUUGGAGUCGAAUGAACUGGUUAAAGAGAAAAGAAACUUGCCCAUUUGCUAAAAACACAUGAGAAGAAAGUUUUGAAGAAUUAUGUUAUUAAGUUUAUGGAUAUUGUCCAUUGCUUGUUCGAGAUGUGUGUUGUACCAGCAACGCUAAAUGGAUAGCCGUAGGAGCAAUUUACUUUUGAAAUGUACCAUGCAAUGGCUUUCUAGAAUUACCUCUAGAGUUACUUUUGCUUGGGUUUCAUUCUAUUUUGGUUAAUUGAUUUGUGGAUAUGACAAGUAAUACAGGUUCAUUUUCUGAUCA